AUGAUAAAAAUUAACAAGAUACUUAUUCACUCGUUUAAUCCUCAGAGAUUCUAGAUUUUUUCUACAAUGAACCUAUACUAAUUUAGUUUUUAAAAAUACUAGUAUGAUUACUUCGUGAUAGGAGGUGGUUCUGGUGGAUAGGCUUCUGCCAAGGAAGCAGCUUCUUUUGGAGCUAGAGUUGGAUUAGCAGAUUUUGUAAAGCCUAGUCCAUAAGGAUCAACUUGGGGUUUAGGAGGAACUUGUGUAAAUGUUGGAUGUGUGCCAAAGAAAAUGUUCCACUAUGCUUCUGAAUUCGGAGAUAUUUUAGAGCACUAAAGAAAUGCUGGUUGGGAAGUUCCACAUAACAUCAAUCAUAACUGGAGUACUUUAGUAAAUAAGGUUUAGACAUACAUCAAAAGGUUGAACGGCAUUUAUAUGGAUGCUUUGAAAGACAAAAAAGUCACUUACUAUAAUGCUUUUGCCUCUCUGAAGGAUAAAAACACUAUUUAACUUGAAGACAUUAAUGGAAAUAAGACAGAAGUUACAAGCAAGUAUAUCUUGUUAGCUCUUGGAGGAAGACCAAAAUACUUAGACGAAAUUCCAAAUAUUAGAGAAUUAGCAAUAACUUCAGAUGAUAUUUUCUUUUAAAAUACUCCUCCAGGAAAAACACUUGUUGUUGGUGCUUCUUAUGUUGCUCUAGAGUGUGCAGGAUUUUUGAAUGGCUUAGGUUACGAUGUGACUGUUCUUGUCAGAAGUAAAGUUCUUGCUAAUUUUGAUUAGGAGUUUGCUCAAAAGGUUAAGUUAUUUAUGUAGAAGCACGGAGUUAAAUUUAUCGAAGGUGCUGUUCCCACAAGUAUUAAGUUAUCUGAAUAAGGCUAAGAUCUUAAACACGUAGAGUAUAAGAAUACUUAGACAGGUGAACUUGUUGGUUAAGAUCACUUCAAAACAGUUUUAAUUGCAGUUGGUAGAGGAGCUUAAACUAAGGGCGUUAACCUUGAGUAAGUUGGAGUUUAGUUGACAAAAGACGGAAAGAUUGUCUGUGAUGAUAGUGAUACUACUGCUAUCCCAAACAUUUUCUCAGUUGGUGAUUGUGUUGAAGGUAGACUUGAGUUAACUCCUACUGCUAUUAAAGCUGGAAGAAUGCUUGCUCGUAGACUUUUCAACAACUAAAAGUAACUCAUGCAAUACCACAAUGUCCCUACUACCAUAUUUACUCCUUUGGAGUUUGGUACUGUUGGUUUGUCUGAAGAAUAAGCUGCUAAAAAAUAUGGCAAAGAUAACUUAAAUAUUUGGAUUUCUACAUUUAAACCAAUGGAUUGGUAAUAUUCUGUUGCAAAGUAAGAUGACAGAGCUAUUUGCAAGCUCAUCACUGUUAAAAAUGACAAUGAUAAAGUUAUUGGUCUCCACUACAUAGGUCCUUAAGCUGCUGAAGUCACCUAAGGUUUCGCAGUUGCCAUCCAGAUGGGUGCUAAUAAGGAAGACUUUGACAAUACAGUUGCAAUCCAUCCUUCCUAUGCCGAAGAGUUUGUACUUUUAAGAACACCAAGACUCUGA